CCCUCCCCCUCCCGACUCGCAUUCAUUCCUUCGCGUGUAACUUCCGAACUCCGCCCCCGCACACCCCCCUCAUAAAAUCUCCUCCCCCCUCCUCUCUCUUUCUUUCUCUCUCUACCUGAAUCCAUUGACAGAGGAGAAACACCGCAGACGGCGGCGGCGGCGCGAGAGAGACAGAGUUCUUGAACAGAGGCCCGAGAGACACCUCAUCGCCUCGCCGGGGGAGAGAGAGAGAGAAUAAAACAACAAGGGAACACAACACACACACACUGACUUAAAGCUCUUCUCUGUAUAUACUCUCCUCUUCCUUUUUCGAAUCGGGUUCCGGCGUCGCCUUGCUCGGAUUUCGCAGAGAUCUCACUGUGUAGUGGGCGAGGGUUUGCGGAUCCUCAUCGGAAUCUCUCCUUCGGUCGGAGAAGGCCCCCCCCGGGCGAGUUAGGGUUUUGAUCACGGGGCGGAUUGGAAAGACGUAGUACGGCAAUCGCGCCUGCAACGAAAUGGGCGCGAGCUCCUUCUCUGUCCACGGAAUUUGGCAUUUCGAGCUGGGCGGCACUGUGAAGGGGUCUCUCUGGACUUGAGAUUGCUCGAGAGUGGUGAUUAACGGGGCAUUGGGUUUUGAUGGCAAUGGAAGAGGAUUGCACCUACAGAAUGGCGUAGGCGGUGGAAGGAGCAGCUCAAGAAUUCGACUUUUGUUCUUUGCGGGGGAAAAUUAGGGUUUUUGGCGUUUUCCCUUUCUUUUUAGAGCUUUGAUCCCCCACCCGUGGUUUACUUGGUUUUGGUGACCGGGGUGGAGAGAGAGGCUAUUCCUUUUUCAGGAGAUCAGGUUGUCCCGCGAGCCUCAUCGGAUCUCGUGAGGCCGUUUAACUCCUAUUUGAAGAAUAUUCUGGAGGUAAUUCCAUAAGUGAACUCUCGUGUCAGUGUCUUCACCUUACAACCCGGGGCGUCAGCCUUCGAUUUUGAACUGGGUCCUGGUCUAAUCUGCUCAAAUUCGUUACUUUCGGGGUGACAAGAGAACUCGUAUUGCCGGUUGUUUAUAUCUGUGGCUGCUGGAGUGGAUGAGAAGUUUAUGGGGAAAAAUUGACUUCACAUUGCAAGGAUAUGGUCCAUGAGAGAGCAUCACCACCAGCUCAUUCCCUGGGGUGGCUUUACUAGGAAGUAAAUCCCAACUUUUUUGUUUCUGGAAUAGCUGGCGUUUUGUGCCUUUGGGUAUUGCAGCAAUGUCUCGUUGCUUUCCGUUUCCUCCGCCAGGCUACGAAAGGAAGGCUAGAGCAGAUGAUGUUGACCUGCUGAAGAAGGAAAAGCAUCGAGAGAAGAAGCGUAAGAAGGAGAAGAAAGACAAAGAGAAGGGGGAGGAUAAAGAGAAAAGGGAGAAAGACCGAAGUGAAGGGAAGCAUAGGGACAAGAAAGACAAAAAGGAAAGGCACAAAGACAAAAAGAAGGAUAAGGAGGAGAGGGAAAGAGAUAAAGAGAAAAAUGGUGCUGCAGAUGAGAGGAGGCCAUCAGGACAGGCUGAUGGUAACAACAAGGACAAAAAUACUGAUAAGGAUAGACUAUCUUGGCACUCUGGAGGGCCGUCCGGUGAGAAAACAGUUCAGGACUCAGAGAAGGAUAAAAAUAAAAAUCAUACUUUAUAUGGUAAAGGAGCUGCAGUGGAACCUGCAUCUUAUAGUGCAGAGAAGAUUACUCAGAAGAAUCAGAACAGCCAUUUAGUUGGGAAUUCCAAUGAUUCUAAGUUUGUGCAGGAGCCAGGCAAGAGGGUCAGAGAUGUUGCGGGAUUGGGGAGUCAGGCGGUUGAGAAGCUUGUGGGUGCAGACAGGAAAAAGGAUGGGGGAAUGGCAGAAGCAGCGAUUGCAGAAACUGGUUCUUUGCCUGACAGGAAGGAGAAAACCCAUGAAAGGAAAGGUGAUGACCGAAAGUUGGGAGAGCGAGGGAUCAAGGAUGAUAGAAAAUUUAGUGGAAAUUCGGUGGUUCUAAAUGCUGGUGCAUCUAUUCAGACAGUACCCAGGCCAGUGGAGAAAAAUGUUGACAGGAAGAUGGAAGGGAAAGAGAAGAUCAAGGAAAAGGAAGGAGAUAAGGGGUGGGACAAACACAGUGUUGUGGAUAUACACCAGAUCAACAAAAUCCAAAAGAAGGACAGAGACCGGGACAGAGAGAAAAGAAAGGAGGACAAGUUGAAGAAGAGAGACGGCAGAAAACCUGAACCGGAAAGAAUCAAAGAAAGCAAAAAGGAUAAUGCUGGUGCUAUCCCCACCCCUAAUGUUACUGCACAACACCUGGAGAACACAAACAAGGUUACUCAGACCGGGGUAAAUCUGAAGAAAAGAAAGGAUUUUGAAGCAAAUGGGUUUUUACAUGAAAAUGAAGCCAAGUCGCAAAAGUUGCCAAGACCAACAUCCACCUCUCAUCAUUUGACGGAGAAUGGAAGGAUUUUGGACCUUUCCCAAACUCCCAGCAAGUUUUUAUCAGAUAGAAGGGACUCCCUGGAGGCGCUUAAAGCAGAGAGCAAGGAGAACAAAGUAAACGGUAUUCUUGAUAUUAAGCCCAAUCCAAUUUCCGCAAUUCAUCCCUUACCGGAAAAAUCUCUAGAAGAUCUAUUAGCUGAAGCAGCUGCCAGAUCUCCCCAUCCUGAUUCGAAAUAUUUAGAUGAAUUACUGGCAGUUCCAAAAUUGGAGGAAUUGUCUGAGUUGGAGCGUGAUGACGACUGGCUGUUUGCAAGACGAUGGAAAAAACCAAAGAAGGAAGAGGGAGGAUCUUCUCAGGUAGAAGGGGAAGGAUCUUCUAAGGUAGAAGAGGAGACGCCCAGGAUUUGGGACAAAGCCAUCUCCUUGGAGUCUGCAGAUAUUGUUGCCCUUCCAUAUGUGCUUCCUUUCUAAUUGGCUUGUGAUGUAAAUUAUGGUUCACAAUCCUGAUCGUGGAGACACUCUUCGGGACCAGAAUUUGCGAGGUAAUUUUCUAGAAACUGGUGGCGGAGAUGGAUCUUCUGAUUUUCCUGUUGGAUUCAUCUCCAAUCACAUUCUGCAGAUCUGUGUCUUCCAAGGUCUAUUCAAGGCCCAGGCAAUCGCAACAUUCUGCAGAUUAAUUGUUUGCGGCACCGGGCAUUUGGGGGCAGUUCCCGUACUUCUUGAAGGAACAACUAAUUCAUUCAAUGUGGAAUUUCGAUAGGAGCUAAUUUGCUCAGAAAAGUGAGAUGGCAUUAGCUUUGGGCAUUCGGAUCGCUUACAGGUUGGAGAUGUUGUUAGUUGAGAUGUAAGAGAAACUAGAGCUUGUGGUCUUUGCAACUCCACCACAAUUUUGGUUUGUAACAUAGAAACUGUUUAUUUACAGAUGUAAGAUAGAAGGGAAAUGAUAAGGAAGAAGCGCAAUUCAUUCAUUUAGUAGGCUUCUCAUUCUUUCAGAUAAAACUCCGAACUCUUACUGUAGUUGGUCAUUUAAGAGCUUCAGUAUAUAUUGUGCCCUCUAACAUGAUUUCGAGUGGCAUCUCUGUUUUAA